CUCUAUAUAUUUGAAAAGCGCGUCUUACCUAAAAGGAAUUAACGCCGUUUGUUCUGUUGAUCCGUCGGCAAACGGUGGAUUCGGCAGAUCGACGGUCGAGAUUCGUCGUGUAUGGCGUCCUACUUUAACGGCAUAAGGUCUUACCUAUCGGAGCACCCCUCCAUCGUCGGCUUCCGGUGGAGCCACGCCCAAUCAUGGGGCUCCACGUGGUCAUUCCUCUUCGCCGCCAUUACCCUCUACGUCGCCGGCGCCGCCGUCCUCCAUUUUACCCUCCUCAUAUUCCGCCGCCGCCGUAUCCCCCUAGGCCCCCUUCCCGCCGUCCACUCCCUCGCGAUGGCUCUAAUCUCCGCCACCAUCUUCGCCGGAAUCCUGCUCUCCACCGCCGCGGAGAUUCGCGACACGCGGUGGCUCUGGCGCCGGUCACGGUCCAAAACGACGCCGUUUCAGUGGCUCCUAUGCUUCCCGGUCGGCACGCGCCCCUCGGGGCGCGUGUUCUUCUGGUCGUACGUGUACUACCUGUCGCGUUACCUCCACGCGCUCCGCGCGUAUAUAACCGUCCUCCGCCACCGGAAUCUGGCGUGGUUCAAUCUGGUGAACCACUCGAUCCUCAUCUGCUCCUCCUUCCUCUGGCUCGAAUUCUCUCAGUCGUUCCAGAUCCUCUCCAUCCUCCUCACCUCGCUCGUCUACGCCGCCGUCUACGGGUACCGGUUCUGGACGGCGAUCGGACUGCGGAGCGCGUGCUUCCCCUUCGUCGUCAACUGCCAGAUCCUCCUCCUCUGUUGCAAUCUGGUUUGCCAUGUCGGCGUCCUCUCGCUGCACUACCUCAAAGGCGGCGGAUGCAACGGAAUCGGAGCUUGGCUCUUCAAUUCGGUUCUCAACGCCGCGGUUCUCUUCCUCUUCCUCAAUUUCCACGCUAAAAGGCGCCGGAGCGCCGCCGCCGGAGCGGAGAACUGAUCGAGGUGAGAUUCGGCUACUCUCUGGUUAGUUGAAAACUUUAAACGUAUAUACAUAUUACUGUAAUCGUAGAAAAAUACAAUUAGGAAAUACGUUAAAUUUAAAAUAUUGUUUUAAAAUAAAUAGAUUAUGGAGUAGUACUAUUUGUAUGUGGAAUGUAAUGUAUAUGUGUACCGUUUCAGCGUGGAAUGGAAUGCCAUGUCACUA